GUUGAAAGCAUAACACAACAAGCCUUUUGGUUGUAGUAAACAUGGGAAGGAUUGCUAGAGGCUCCAAAAUGAGGUCUCUCAUUGUGUCUUUGCUUGUAGUAUUGGUGUCCCUCAAUUUGGCUUCACAAACCACAGCUAAAUACUCUUACUCCUCUCCACCACCUCCCGAGCAUUCUCCUCCACCCCCGGAGCAUUCUCCUCCUCCGCCUUACCACUACAAAUCCCCGCCCCCGCCUAAACAUUCUCCACCACCACCUACACCGGUUUACAAGUACAAGUCUCCACCACCUCCUAUGCAUUCUCCUCCAACGCCUUAUCAUUUUGAGUCUCCACCUCCGCCAAAACAUUCUCCACCACCACCAACACCGGUUUACAAGUAUAAAUCUCCACCACCACCUAAGCAUUCCCCCGCACCAGUGCAUCAUUAUAAGUACAAGUCUCCACCACCACCAACACCGGUUUAUAAGUACAAAUCUCCACCACCACCUAAGCAUUCUCCUGCACCAGAACAUCACUAUAAGUACAAGUCUCCACCACCACCUAAGCAUUCUCCCGCACCAGAACAUCACUAUAAGUACAAGUCUCCACCACCACCAACACCGGUCUACAAGUAUAAAUCUCCACCACCUCCAACACCCGUCUACAAGUACAAGUCUCCACCACCACCUAAGCAUUCUCCCGCACCAGUACACCAUUACAAGUACAAGUCUCCACCACCACCAACUCCAGUUUAUAAAUCUCCACCACCACCCGAGCAUUCCCCACCACCACCAACACCGGUCUACAAAUACAAGUCUCCACCACCACCAAUGCACUCUCCACCACCACCAACACCAGUUUACAAGUACAAGUCCCCGCCACCACCAAUGCACUCUCCUCCACCACCAGUUUACUCUCCACCACCACCCAAACAUCACUACUCCUAUACUUCACCUCCUCCUCCUCACCACUACUAAUAAAAUCUCCCUUAAAGGACACUGAUGGAGGCCAACUUAAGAAGAUGAAGUAAAAUAAUGGCGCGCACGAUAAUUUUGGCGUUUUUAUAAAUAUGUUGAUCGAAUAUGAUAUUUUUGUUGUAUUCUAGUAUGGGUCAUUUGCUUUUUGUCUGCGAAUGAAUAACAUUUACAUAUGCAUGUAGUAUCGGGGAACCUCUCGACCUCUAGAAAUAGAGGUUUGUUAUUGUGGCAUUAAAGCAAUUAUAUGAAUAAAGUAUUUCUGUUAUGAAUUAA